UCGACUACGGUCACACUUUCGGCGAGUCAGCUGAAGAAUAUAAAUAUUUAAAAGUUAUUAACAAGAAAAAACCUUAAAAGAAUGCAAACAUCCUGAUUAUAGGAUACUUUAGAGGGUUGUGCCCAGUUCCUGUAUUUUGUUUCCAGAAAUUCCCGUAUUCAAGAUCGAUCCUAGCUAUGGUUCGCGUUCUGUUCCUUCAUCCUGAUUUGGGCAUCGGAGGAGCCGAGCGCCUGGUGGUGGAUGCCGCCCUGGCGCUCAAGGAACGCGGUCACCAGGUCAGCUUUCUGACCAAUCACCAUGACAGUACGCACUGCUUCAAGGAGACGGCGGACGGGAGCUUUCCCGUCCACGUCGUGGGCGACUGGCUGCCACGCAGGCUUUUCGGAAGAUUCUACGCUAUUUGUGCUUACUUAAGGAUGCUCUAUGCCGCCUUCUAUGCCAGCUUCUUCAUGCCACAGCGGGAGCAGGUGGAUGUGGUGGUCUGCGACCUGAUCUCCGUGUGCAUUCCAAUUCUGCGACUGGCCAGACAUCGUCCACGUGUCCUGUUCUACUGCCACUUUCCGGAUCAGCUGCUUAGCUCCAGGGAGGGUAUGCUGAAAAGCCUUUACCGGAUGCCCAUCAACUGGCUGGAGGAGCACACCAUCGGGCUGGCUGACAAGGUGCUGGUGAACUCCAAGUUCACGCUACGCGUCUUCCAGGACACUUUUCGGCGGCUGAGCACUGUGCCGGACGUGCUGUAUCCCUCGCUCCACACGCAAUACUUUGAUCAGAUGGAGAAGAAGCUGGAGCAGCGGGCCGCCCUGCUGGACGAGCAGCAGCCUGUGCAUCCGCGCGUGCCUCGCAACGCCUUCAUCUACCUGGACAUCAAUAGGUACGAGCGAAAGAAGAACCAUGCCUUGGCCCUGCAUUCCCUGAGACUCCUUGGUGAUACGCUGCCCGCUUCGGAUUUCAAGCGCUGCCGCCUGAUCAUCGCCGGUGGCUACGAUACCCGAUGCCUGGAGAAUGUCGAACACUUUGCCGAGCUGGAGCAACUCACCGAGAAGCUGAAACUGCAGGAUAAUGUGGUGUUGCUACAAUCCCCCACGGAUGAGGAGAAAUGCCGCCUGCUCUUUGCCGCCCACUGUCUGCUCUACACGCCCGAAAAUGAGCACUUUGGCAUUGUGCCACUGGAGGGCAUGUACUGCUCAAAGCCAGUGGUGGCUCUGAAUAGCGGCGGACCCACGGAAACUGUGGUGAACACCUCGACGGGUUUCCUGUGCGAGAAGCAGGAAAAGAGCUUUGGCGCCGCCAUGCUCCAGCUAUUCCGUGAUGAACCCCUCCGCUUAAAGAUGGGCGACCAGGGUCAUAAGCGAGUGCAGCAGAAGUUCUCCUUCCAGGCAUUUGCCGAUCGGCUUAACGAAAUCAUCCAGGAGCUGGUUACCAUUCCAAAGCAGUCGAGUGACGCCAAGAAACGUGAAUAAAGUCGGACUUUAUUAAAACGUA